ACUAAAAAGCGGAAGUGGAAUUUCGAGCCCAACACCUCUUUUCAAGGAGACGCAAUUUCCAUAAUGAUUUGACUAGUUUAAUGAAAAUUGAAGAAAACAUGGCGGUCAGAAUGGAUACUACCAGGGUAGAUGCCCUGAAGCAGACUGUAGAGGAAGUUUGUGUAGAGUUGGCCAGUUUAGGGGAGGAGUCAUUAUUUAUGUCAAUCAAUCUGAAACAGAGAAGUUGUUUCUACCUUGGAUCAGAACCUGGAAAAGAAUUCCUGACCAAGAGGAUGGACAUCAUAGAGAACUUCUAUCACUUCAUCAACAGUAAUUAUCCCCUGGAUGAAUCGGAGCAUCAGGGGGUAUCUACCUCCCCCUCCAAGGCUGCUCAGUACACUGGAGAAAUGAAUUUGGAGAAGAUCCCCCAGACCGUACAGACAGCUGAAUCUGAUCCAGACGACUCCAGCUCAUUCACCAUUGACAAUGAGAUGAGGGAGGACCCCGAUUUUGAACACAGCAUGAAAAAAUCCUCACUGGCUUCACUGUUCAAAAAGCGUGCAGUGGGAAGACCAAGGAAGAUGGAUAUUUUUGAUGGCAGGGAGAGAAAUACUUCUGUGUUGGAAGAUAUGGAAAAAGUUAUCAUGAACAAACCAAUCACACCAGAUAUUCCAUUUGGAGAACACCUGAGCACACUUAGUGAAAGUGGAAGUAAAAUCGAGAAAAUAGUGACUUCAGAUAUAGAGUUUGUAAAGUCUCUUAGAAAUAAUAGAAAAUGCCUUUUAAUCUGUGGAAAUUGUGGUACCCCAUGUUCAUGGAAAAGGUCAAUGUUGACCCAUUUAGGUAUCUGUAAAGGAAAGAAAAAGGAGCAGAAAGAGGAGGAAAAUGUUUCUACCACUGUUGUCAUGCAGGAUAAAUCACCAGUCCCACACAAACGGACAGAGACAGUGUCAGUAGAGGGGGGACAGAUAGUUAUAGAACUGGUGGAUGGAAAAGGAGAACAACAAAUUGCAGUACUUCAAGCUUCUGCAGAGGACACACUGGCACAGAACUUACAGCUACAAAGUGAGGCAGCCAAGUCAAGUGUGGAGUCUGUGGACCCGCUGGAGGAGGCCAUACAAAGCAUCACUCAGAGUCAAGCUGGGUCACAGUUUCCUUCUGAAGGGCCUGGAGAGAAAGACAAAGUAGAGAAACCAGUGGAAGAAUCAACUCAACUAUCAGAAAAGGCAGAAAAAGAAACUCAUCAAACAAAUGUAGAAGAAAGCAUGGAAACAUCAGAAACCUCAGAUGUUCCAAAGAUCACAGAGGAAGAAAAGACGGCAGAGGAACAGACUGCUGGUGAAGGGGAAGAAAUCAGCCAAGACAGUAAAUAUACCCAAGUCAGUGAGGACCCAGAUGAUGGAUUAGACAGUACAAUGGAUGAAGAGGAUUUGGAGAAAAAUCUUGAAGACAUAGAGGCAAUGGAAUCUCUUAUUAAGACUUCAUAUAACACAAAAGACAAAAGUUCAGAGAGCAAAGAACAGAGUGAAGAUGAAAACAUGGAAGAUGAAGAUGUUGAAGAUCAAGUAGAUGAAGAUGAUCCUGAUUUUAAUGUACUUGCAGUCAAGAAGGUUGAAGAAGAGGUGGAAACUCCAAGGACUCGUUCACGGCGUCAGAUCAAAGUGAGUAAGAAGUAUGAAGAAUACCUAGUGAAGGUAAAAAAGGAGCCAGUAGAGGAAGCUCAGAUGCCUGAUGAAAGCUCAAAGAUGAAUGAGGAGACAACUGGAUCUAUGAUGACAAGAAAAAGAAAGGUAGAGGAAUCGCCAACUGUUACCAAGUCCCCCAGAGGUAGAAAGCCAAAGAAUCGGGAGGAGGUGGAGAAGCCAUUAAUGCCUGCUAGCAAGAAGGCAAAGACUGUGGAAGAUCCUGCAGCUGAAGGAGUGACUCCAAAAAGAGGCAGAGGACGACCUCCAAAGCAUCCAAAGUCAACUCCUCAAAAAGAAACUCAAGAAGCUAAACAGCAGGAGGAAAAGAAAGAUGAUGUAGAAGGAGAGGAAAAAGAACCUGAAGAGAAAAAUGAAGAUGAGGAUGAGGAAGAUGAGGACAAUAAAAUAAUCAAAGAUGAAGAAGACAUGGAUGAGACCAAUGAAGAUGAAGAAAUGGAAGAGAGCCCAGUAAAGACAGAGAAAGCCGAACCAGUCAUAAAAGUAAAAAAGAAGCGAGGAAGAAAGCGUGGAGGGAGAAAAGAAAAUGAGACUGGCUACAAAAUAACAGCACAGGAUGUAAAUGAAGCAGCAGACAUUAGUGAGGAAAAGGGGAGUUUUAGGUGCAAGCAGUGCAACAUCGUAAUAAAGUGGAAAAGGUCAUUUAUGAGGCAUAUUGAACAACACAGGUUGCUGAAUGCUGGAAAGACUGACUAUUACCGGUGCACACAAUGUGAUAGGGAGUUUGUCUCUGAGUGGGAGAUGAAGAAUCACAUGAGAGGAAAACACAAGAUGUUAGGAGUCUUUGAUUGUGAUACAUGCACUAGGAAGUUUAACACAGCCAUCCAGUACAAAACUCACAAAAAGGAGUGCACUGAAGAUAACCCCAUGCCAUUAGAGCCCGAGGAUUCAGAGGAGAAGCCUUUCACAUGUAAUUACUGCCUCUUUAAGUUUAAGAGCGAAGACCAGCUCAUAACUCACAAGGAGCUGCACAGCAUAGUGGAGUUCAAGUGUGAUGAAUGCGGCAAAGUCUUUCCUGAGGGAUACAGGCUGAGGAAUCACAAACGUGAUGCUCACGACAAAUCCAAACACUUCUCCUGUGACAUAUGUGGGAAGGUCUUCACCAGUACCAGGUAUCUACACAGGCACCGUGUGUGUGUCCACAAGCAAACAGAAAGUGUCUGUAGAGUCUGCGCUAAGCUAUUUCCAACAAAAGAAGAGCUGAGAUUGCACAUUAAGACGGUCCACGAGGAGACUGACUCCUUAACAUGUGGGGUCUGUAGAAAGAAGUUUCCUUCACUGCGGGAUUUAGAUGCACACAGACCAGAACAUUACGGUUACCAGUGCGACACCUGUGGAAAGAAGUUCCAGAAAUUGAUUAAACUAAGGGAGCACGUUCACUCACACACAGGAAAUUAUCCGUACUACUGUGAUUAUUGUAGAAAGGGUUUCCUACACAUGCAUGCUUUGGAAACACAUCUUCAGACUCACGACACCAGUAGACCUAUCUACAUGUGUGAUAUCUGUGGUCAACAGUUCAAAACAAAGACAAUCAUGCUGAAGCAUGCCAAUGUUCACAAAGAAUCCGUUGAUUAUCCGUGUAAGUUCUGCGAUACAGCUUAUAGAACACCUGAUGGACUGAAAAUACACAUGAUAGAAGUCCACAUGACAGAAGAGCAGAUAAAAUCCUGCGGCCUUGAAAUAUUCAAGUGUGAGAUUUGCGACAAGGUCAUGGCCCGAAAACAGCAUUAUGACCGUCACAAAGCACAACAUUUGGGACUCAAGAAGUACAAGUGUGACGAUUGUAACAUGUCAUUCUACACACAGUAUCACCUCAAUCGGCACUACAAACUGCAUCACGAUCCCAGUAAAUUUGCCAGUCAGAGAUCCAUGCUUCAGCAACCACAGGAUGAUGGGAAAGUUCCUCCUGAGGAGAUAAUUACGGAGACGAUAGUGGAAGAAAAUGUAGACAAUGCAGAGACCAUACAGUACAUAGGGUCUAUUGAAGAUGGCAGCAGUCAGGUCCAGACCAUCAGUUAUGCCAUGAGUGGGGAGGGUGGAGACCAACAGAUGGUGGAGUUUGUUGUCAUUAACGUGGCCCAGGAAUCGGUGGUGGAGCAGCAGGAUGGUAUUGAGGGGGACGUGGUGACUCACGUUACGGAAGAUGGCACGGUCGUCACUCAGGUAGCUGAAAUGCCCACAGAGGCCGACCCCCAGAAUUCGGGGGAAGUGACGACGACCAUAACAGCAGAGGAGGAGAACGACGUGGUACAGUCCAUACUCAAUCUGCAGGAAGCCAUCAACAUGGGUUAGAAUGUACAGUCCAUACUCAAUCUGCAGGAAGCCAUCAACAUGGGUUAAAACUCUACUCCUAGUCUUGUUACAGAUGAAUAUAUUUUAUUAUCAAAUUACAAAAUAAGUGUGGAUUAUUAAUUGACUAUCUCUCACAGAAUUGCAGAGAAUUAGGAAAAACUGUUAAUUUUGUCACAUUCUUGUCAGUUUGUUAAGAUUUGUAAAUCCGAUUUUAAACACUACUUUUUAAAAAAAAAUUACACAUAACAAUUAUGCAUCCAUACAAUCAAAACUGAAUUAGUAAAUCAAUUGUGUUCCUUAAUUUCUGCAUAAAGAUUUUGUGUACAUCACAUUCUGAUGUGUCUAUGAUGGAAAAAUGUAAAUAUUUCAUGUUUGUAAAUUGUUUAUUGCAAUAUUUAAGUAGUUUGAGUUAAUAGAUAGUUCUGACGUUGAUAUUUAUUCUUAAACAAUAUUUCAUUGUUAAAUAUUACAUUCAGUACUCAUUUUUUUUCCUCCAUUUUCUUUAUUUAAUAUAUACACUUGGAGUUAUUUUAUCAACCACUUUUUGCCUGUUUGUAAAUUAAAUCUUGAUGUUAAAUUUUUUGAAUGUGUUCUUUAAAAAAAGUCAUCAUGAACUUGAAUAAUAAACAUUGAAAUUGCUGG